CUCAGUGUCUUUCUGUUUCUGUCAGAAGAUGGUAAAUCAAUCUAAAUGAGAGAUUUCAUUCUUUUCUGUUCUUGGCAUUUGUUGGUUUUCUUACCCUUUUUUAUUUUAAUGUCCACAUAAUUAAUUAUAAAUUGCCUGCGGUGACAGCUGCUUCCUAUUGAACGCCAAAUAAGGGAAACUAGAGGAUUACAAAUUGAAGAGAGUGAAAAAGUUCCUUUUCGCGGCUGAUUGUUUUGCUUUGCGUAAAAAUUUCUCAUGUUGUGGGAAAUUCUCUCCACAAUAUAUAAAUGAAAAAUUGAUGUUUGUUUCAAAACAACCGUUUUGAUAGACGCGCCGUAGUCAAGCGCACAACGCAACAGUUUUAUCUUCCCUUGACGAAUGAAACAGGCUGUCCGUGGUAGGGGGCAAGUAGAGCGCGAAUCCAAUCUGAAGAGACUAGCAGCUAAACUUCAACGACGAUUUAUUAAUUUAUAGACUGAAAAACAAGUGAAAUUACUACCCCAAACUUCUCUCCCCAGACUAGAUGGGGACGGCUUACGCUGCGGUAAAAUUCAUCCAAACUAUUUCGCAGUCUUUUGUAGCCUUCCCAAAAGGCAAAAAGGAUGUUUCUAUUUCCUGAUUCCUCUAAUAGAGAACUGGAGAUGAAACAUGACGGUGGAAAAAAGCGAGAGAACCAAUAUUUUUCCCCCAGUUUUCACUGACAUGGUCUCUUUAAGCUUCAUCUUUCUUCUUUUUUGUUGAUUCGUUACGCUGCUUUUAUUGUAUUUUUGUUUUGUUUUGUUUAGUUUAUUUCCCUUUUCAGGUGGUUUAACAAGAGAGCUUUCUCGUUAUCCAGUAGCUCACCUCAAAGCUAUCUGAACUCAGUUAUCAGACUGUAUCUUUUUGUCAUUACCUCAUACCCCACUCCAGAUUACGUAACUUGUAAGAGCAUAUUUUUCCUUUUUGCUGCAAAAUGUUUCUUACUCAGAGCUAAGCACUGAAAAAAUGAGCUCCAUGAUCGAUAGACCAAGUUGUGUAUUUUUAAAGGUGGAACAGGGUAGACUUUGAACAUUGACCAUCCGAGAAAACGAAUCCAUUUAGUUGGAGAAAUUUCUAAACGAUUAUGUAUUGACGUGCCACGUUCAGUAUAAUAUUAUUAAAUAUGAACUGGCCGGCUCGAUCAGAAACGAUAAGUGGAAUGUGUCUGAUCUUCUUUGGCAUCACGUGGACUUCACAUUCGUUUAUAUGUUACAUAUGUGUUUUGAUAGCGGCAUGGAAUUCGUUGUGGGAAAUGCUAGGAUGCUGAGGACGCACGUGCUGCGUUUAUUCCGUGUUGCUAGGUGCUUUUCAAUCUAAUAAUCUCUUUGAAGGACUUAAACUACCUAAAGGUUUUUCUCUUCAGACUCUCCGGUAGUUUUUUUUUUUUUUGAUAAUUGAAAGAAUCCCGCUGGAACUCGAGUGUUCCUCUUACAUAAUUGCCAAAGAUUCUUCUCGCGCCUAUUUUCGAAGAGUCUUUUAAUAAUUGUUCUCUAGCUUCCGAAGCGAAUUAUGAGAGAAAUUAUGUGUUUGGACGUCGAGUUUUAAGAAUUGAUUACUUUUGUAUACUUCCAUACAACAGGAUUAAGCGAACAAUGUGCUCUGACGCAAAUGCGAUAGGCCCCCUUACAUGGGGUGCCAAAAUGGAUAAUUGAGCGUUUGGAAAUCCACUAGGGAUCCGCAAAGCUAAUUUAGAUUCACUUAACAUAGAUUCAAAGUACAGAGCAUGAAUGGGUUCACGACUUUCAUAUUAAGAUUAUAGGUCUUCACGUAAACGACCACGACAAGAAAACAUUGUGUGCGAUUAAAGCAAUUUGCAGUUUGUUAAAAGACGACUGAUGUGCGAACUUGCCUUUCAGCCACUACUGAACUAUUUGUAUGUGUAAACAGAGAAACAAAGACUUAUCUUAAAAUGUAUACAUUGCUUUAGGCUGAAUUGAAAUGCCUAAUUACUUGCUUUCUUUCUACCCGCUUGGAAACUCACAAAUAGAUUAAUUCCAGCUGAAAAUAGAUCUUUAGAAGAGUUUGAAAAUCUUGUGCUAUAGUUGUCUUACCUGUUUCUUCAAAACAAAGAAAAAAUUGAACGAAGUUUUCUUUUCUUCAAAGUAAACAUACAGUAGUUAAUUAGUUUGCAUUCAGAAUUGAUCUUAUCCAAAGUAGAAAUGAAUAUUUAUGAUUCAUUUGUUUAUUGUUUCGGACCAAUCGCAGCUUUUCUAAGAGCGGUAUUUGUUAGCUGCAGACACAAAGGCAGAAAACAUUCAAAGACAUGGAAAAUUACUAAAUGAUGGCGCUAAACUUUUAGCGAAUUUAUUGAAGUAGAUUCUUGUUAAGGUUACCAAAACGAGUGUUCCUUUCGUGGAGCUGUUGUGUUUGUCAUCCUGUCACUGUGGUUUGGUUUGGUAACUAAAGUUUUGAAGGAUUAAAAGGAUCCUUGCAUGUACCACACAGCAAAACACGAAGGAAGCGACGAGAAACUUCAUCGAGUUAUCUGAAUGAUUAGACAACAUUUAAGGACAACUUCGAGUUUUGAUGCAAGUUCAAGAAUACAUCUGAAUUUCUUUUUCAAAGGUGCUGAUCGAUCUCUAGAUAUCUCAUGUGCCGAUAAUAGUUGUUUGUCUUCAUAAAUUUACGAAAUCACGGAGUAAUUUUGGAAUUGUAUGCAUAAUAGAUUUCACCAUGACUACAUCGAAGGACAGCAAACCGGAGAGUCCAAGGCUUGAUGACUUCUCAGAAAAUAUUAAUCGAGCAAAGCAAGAAAUGGUUUUGCGUUUUGUCAAAGAUCAAGAGGCUCUUCAAACUUCGCAAGUGGAUUUGAAAAUCGUUGACGAUGAAAUCUUAGACUUAAUAGAUUCAGCGCUUGUUGUCAAGGGAUCUGGGGAGGAAAGCAAACUAACAGUCUCAGACGAAAGUCCAAAGCUUGAUAAAUCUAGCCAUCGACCCGUGUCUAGAGAAGUAUCUUCCUUAAAUUCGGACGUCGAUAACUUGAGUAAUCUUCCAGAGGCCGUCAUUGUGCCUCGGCCACCGUCAGGUCGCCCCCGCACACGAAGUACAAGCAGUCGGAAAAGAUCGGUGUCGAGCUUACGACGACAAUAUUCGGUGGAUUCUUUUUACUCUGGUAAGGACGUUUCAUCAAAAGAAGAUACAAAUGAGCCUGGCAGCUCGCGUGAUUUUAUGCUGCAUAGCUCCACGGAAAGAACAGAGUUAAAUUCCUCUCCUACCAGUGAAGAGGGAGCUAGUUCAGGAGGUAACUUGAACGCAUCGUGGCCUCAGCAGUGUCUCUCUAGAAAACUGUUCGUCCCGUUUCGAGAUCAUUCGGUUUACGCCACCAAAGAAACUCCGUAUCACUACAAUGCUCCUUUGGAAAACUUUUCCGGAAUCGAUAAUCACCCGGAAGCUUUCCGACCUCGAUCGAGUCAAACUUUUCAACGUGUGCGGCCAGCAGAGAUCAUUUCCGCCAGAAUAUCAUCGGCCAGCGAAUGUGAGCGGAUCAGUUGUGACCCGACCUCACUUGCAAACCCUCUAUCUUACGCUAAAAAUGUACGUAAAGGCUCAAGACGAAGGACUUACAUCAAUUUCAGCAGACUGGACGCUCAAUUAGCGUUUGAUGGGCCAUUGGAGCUGGAACCAGUGCACCCGUCUGAGUUACCGCUUUACAGAAGUAACUCGGCGGCGUCCUCCACAGCGCCCUACACCAUGGUACACGUCCCUCCCAUUGGACGAGAAGGGCCUGCUCCUUCCAGCAGCUAAAGUGGAUCAAGUGAAACACACGCUGUCUAGCAGUUUUGAUGCUUGGAGACGUUGCCUCCAUUUUACAUGCAAAACUCUGCUUAUCAGUAUCUCAAUACAGAUACUGUGAUGAGAGAAUUCAUGAUGCUCGUCAGUAAAUGACACGAGUCUUCUCGAAGAAGAAGAAGGCUUUCUUGAAUUUUAACUUAACUGUCUUUACUUCUUAUGGAACAAUGUGAUCUUUGUACAUCAUUUUGUUCAUGCGUAUUUAUUUUGAAUCACGUAAAUGACAAUUUCACUCUUUCUAAAAAAGUCAAAACUUUCAGGAAAGCGAAUUCAUCACACAUAUAAUUUUUCUGUCCUUUUUUUUUGAAAGCUGAUAUAUUGUUUUAACGUCAUAGACCAAAGAACUGUUUUAGAGUUGUAAAUAGCUCAGUUAAGAUCACAUUCAUUUGCCUAUUAUCAAGGUGUGGCUACCUCUAAAGAACUUGUAGAAAUAUGUACAACUCUUCCCGUCCAAAGCUCCUUUUUGACGAAAAUGUCAUCCCGAGGAAAUUUCGACAGGCAUUUGAAAUUUUAUACUGAUAACCAGCAUGUAAGUGAAUGAUAUUUGUAAGAACUGAUAUUGAUAUUUAUUACUUACAAAUCUGUGAGAUUAAAAAAAUUGGACGGAAACUCUGCCCUGGCUAAA